AUGGACGAGUGUCUUGAAACCCUGAAGGAUGAAGAGGAGGCGCUAUGGGAGAACGUCGAAUGCAAUCGUCAUAUGUUGACCCGUUACAUCAACCCCGCCAAGCUGACCCCGUAUCUGCGCCAGUGCAAAGUCCUGGAUGAACAGGAUGAGGACGAGGUCCUCAACUCCCCGAUGCUCCUCUCCAAAAUUAACCGAGCUGGUCGUUUGCUGGACAUCCUUCACACCAAGGGAGAGAGAGGCUAUGUGGUUUUCUUAGAGAGCCUGGAAUUUUACUAUCCCGAACUCUACAAAUUAGUGACGGGGAAGGAACCCACACGGCGUUUUUCCACUAUUGUUGUAGAAGAGGGACACGAGGGUCUCACUCACUUUCUGAUGAACGAGAUCAUCAAGCUGCAGCAGCAAGUCAAGACCAAGGACGCCCAGCGCUGCGAACUCUUGGCCAAAUCUCGCCAGAUGGAAGAUGAAAGGAAGCAACUGAAGCUCAACAAGAUUGAGCUGCUCACGUUCCAGGAGAGAUACAACAAGAUGAAAGAAGAGAGGAACAAUUACAACGACGAGCUGAUCAAAGUAAAGGAUGAGAACUACAACUUGGCCAUGAGGUACGCCCAGCUCAGCGAAGAGAAGAACAUGGCCGUGAUGAGAAGCCGAGACCUUCAGCUCCAGAUUGAUAAGCUGAAACAUAAAUUGAAUAAAAUGGAGGAAGAAUGCAAGCUGGAGAGGAACCAGUCUCUGAAACUCAAAAAUGAUAUCGAAAACCGGCCGAAGAAGGAACAAGUUUUGGAACUGGAGCACGAGAAUGAGGUGCUGAAGACCAAAAUUCAGGAGCUGCAGUCUAUAAUCCAGGCUGGGAAGCCAAGAUUGCCAGAUUCUGACAAAGCCAUUUUGGAUAUCCUAGAACACGACCGCAAAGAAGCUCUUGAGGAUCGCCAAGAGUUGGUCAAUAAGAUCUUUAAUCUCCAGGAAGAGAUCCGUCAUGCAGAAGACCUCCGGGAUAAGUACCUUGAAGAGAAACAAGAAUUGGAGUUAAAGUGCUCAACUCUGGGGAAAGACUGUGAGAUGUACAAGCAUCGCAUGAAUACGGUCAUGCUACAGCUGGAAGAGGUGGAGAAGGAGAGAGACCAGGCAUUCCACUCCCGGGACGAGGCCCAAAUACAGUAUUCCCAAUGCCUAAUUGAGAAGGACAAACACCGGAAACAGAUUCGGGAACUGGAGGAAAAAAACAACGACCUGCGGAUCGAAAUGGUCCGGAAGGAAGCGAGCAUCAUCAACCUGGAAUGCAAACUCAGACGACUCUCAAAGGACAAUGGUUAUGACCAGGUAGCUCCCUCCACUGCUGUUGGGUUGUGUGUCCCAAGUCAGAAAAGGUCCAGUGAAGGUUGAGAAGGUUAAAGGCCCAGUUCUUGAUCAGUGUCCUAGAUGAAGUCAACUAAUCAGUGGAACGACUUGCCUCCAGAAGUUGUGGGUGCUCCAUCACUGGAGCCUCCAAGAACAAAAUCCCCCAUCGGUACAAAUCGGACAUUUGAUCUCCAAGCCAUUCAAGGCCAUAAUGAAGAGAAGAUUGAGACCAGCCACAGACACUCUGAAGCGUCUUCUCAACCCAUAUCCAUCGACAGCUCCACGGGCAGCUGCGAAGUUAGCAAAAUUCAAACCCUGAGAUAUCGCUGCGCCAGCAUUAUGUCCACCACUCCGGAGCCUCCAGGAAAUGAUUCCAUUCUCCGAAGGAACAAAGAUGUCCCUCACUCAAGUUUGACCGAAGAUGAUGACAGUUUUGGCUGUGAUGCUCUGGAAUUAGAAGAUGAUAUUCCUGACAGGUAUUCCUCACUACCUUCCUCCUCAUCCUCCCACCACUCUGAAGGGCUGGACCUGGAACAAGUCAAUUCCAUUUUCAGGAAAUUCUCUCUGGAAAGGCCCUUCCGUCCCUCGGUGACUGCGGUUGGACGCCUCCACAAUGUCUUCCAUGCCGUCCAGCAAGUAGUCGUCAACGGGGACACUCUGAGCUCAGAGAUCAGUUUGCUGGGAGGGAACAUCAAAGGAAGCUUUGUCCAUUCAGUGAAGGUCAACUCCACAGCAGAGAAAGCUGGCCUCCGGGAAGGGUACCAACUGCUUCUGGUGGAGGGCUGCAUCCGAGGAGAAAAUAUGAGUGUUCCCCUGGAUACUUGCACAAAGGAAGAAAUUCACUGGACGAUUCAGAGAUGCAGUGGGCCAGUUACGUUGCACUGCAAACCAAAUCAUGAGGGUUAUCGGACACUGCUUUCAGAAAUGGAAGAAGGUCUGAUCACCUCCGGAGACUCCUUCUACAUCCGUCUGAACCUCAGCAUCUCCAGCCACCUGGACUGCUGCUCCCUCUCAGUGAAAUGUGACGAAAUCUUGCACGUCCUUGACACCAUGUACCAGGGGAAAUGUGAGUGGUUUUGUGCCAGAGUCCAUCCCGUCACAAACAAAGAUGAGGAAACGGGAACGGUCCCCAAUUACAGCAGAGCCCAGCAGCUGCUUCUAGUAAAACUCCAGCGACUUAUGAACAGAGGAAGCAAAGAAGAUACAGACAAUGUCUAUGGGAUAUCACGAACUACGCUGCAACCAGAUGAACUUGCAUCUCCCAGUGAAUCCAAAACAAGCCCUCGUCUCUCCAGAGCCAGUUUCCUUUUGGGCCAGAUCUUGCAGUUUGUCAGCAGGUCCGAAAACAAAUACAAGCGCAUGAAUAGCAGUGAACGGGUGCGCAUCGUCACUUCGAAAGACAGCCGGGUGAAAUCGGAAGUGCAUCCGGUGACAAAGGCUCUCCUCGAAAGAUUUGAAGAGUUUGAUUCCGUGACGGAGAUCAAUAAGAGCUUCAGUCUGAUCCCGUACAGCUUGGUGAAGCCCACCCACUGUGACUGCCGGCGUCCCGUCCUCUUCAGCCCAACGAUGCUUGCCAAGACCUUGGUCCAAAAGCUUCUCAACUCGGGAGGAGCCCUGGAGUUCAACUUAUGCAAACCAGGGGACCUUUUGUUGAACAAACACUGCCUGCUCGAACUCAGCAUCGGAUGCACAAAAGAUUUAAUCAAAGCCAAGAUAUAUCCCAUUGUUCUCUUUAUUAAAGUCUCCGAGAAAAACAUCAAGAAAUUCAGAAAGCUGCUACCGAAACCAGAUGUGGAGGAGGAAUUACUGAGGACCUGUCGUCAGAACGAGAAGGAACUGGAGGGCUUACCCUGCCUUUACGCCUCGUUGGAGACGGAUUCGUGGAGCAGCAUCGAAGAUCUUCUUCGGAUCAUCAAGGAUAAAGUCUGGGAAGAGCAGCAGAAAACCAUCUGGGUUGACGAAGAGCAGUUGUGACGCACAGAUCCCAUUGGUGACCUGGGAUCCCGC